AUGCGCGCCCCGCAAGCGGGCAUCGCGCCGGCGGCGCAGCCGUGCUCCCUUUCGCUGAGCGCUCACCCCCGCCAAGCGGCACCGCGCGGCCUGGCGGGCGCGCGCAACCUGCGGUCCGCGGUGCACUGUACCGCGAGCCGCCGGGGCAUUGCCAGGCCCGCUGAGCCGCCCCAGGACGGCAGCACGGCGCAUGAACCGCCCCCCAACAGCCAGACUGCUUCCGCCUCGCGCAACGGGGCGUUCGCAGCGCCACCGCGCCCGGGCGACAUCGCAGCAGAGCGCGACAGUGUCUCUCGGUCCGCUGGCGUGGACGGAAGAUCGCCUUUGGCAAUACCGGCCGCGCACGACGUGCACUCCCCUGUUGCGUUCCGCGCGCUGAUUGCGGCGCUCUCCGUUCUGGUUGGCGCGGCUUUUGCACCUCCCGCACGAGCCUCUGCAUACAUUCACCCGGUGCGAGCGGCGAGGGUGGCGGAACGCGACCCACGCCCGCAGCACGCCGCUGCCGCGGACGCAGCCGACCACCGAGCAGGAGUGGCCGGCGUCGCUCGCGAGGACGGCGGGACGCCCGCGCCGGCGGCCGGGGGCCCGCAGGACGCCGACGCGGACAGCGGGGACGGGUCGGACAGGCGAAAACCUUCGGAACGGUAUAUGCAGUUCCUUUCCAAACUGAAACAGAAAGCAGUCGCGGCGGGCAUAUCCCCGGAGCUGGCUGCGUCCGCCCUGGACGCCGUGGAGCCCCCGCCCGAGCCCCGACCGAAGCCGCCCGAGGACGCAGAGGCCGUCGAGGACGCAGCGGUGGAGGCCGAGGGCACGGACACGGAGGCGGCGGUGACUGUGCAGGAGAAGGCGCAGCCGGAGUUCGUGGAGCUGCUGCGCGACUACAUCGAGGCGAGGGUGCCCCCGCGCGUCACGGCUGGGCGCGGCUGGAUGGCGCGGAUGGCGACGACGCUGCAGGGGAUCCAGGACGCGUACGGGGUGCCGGCGGAGGUGGUCGUGGCGGUGUGGGGACUCGAGAGCGACUUCGGGGAGAACGCGGGGAACUGGGACGUGCUGGAGUCAUGCGUCCAUAUUGCGUACCUGAGCGAGGACGCCGGGCGGCGCGAGUGGUUCGAGGAGGAGACGGUCGCGGCGCUGCACAUCCUGCAGGACGGCCACGUCGACGCCGCGUCCUUCCGCGGCUCCUGGGCGGGCGCGAUGGGGCAGGCGCAAUUCAUGCCGAGCUCGUUUCGGGCCUACGCGGUCGACGUGGACGGCGACGGACGCGCAGACAUCUGGACCAGCGCGACCGACACGCUCGGGUCCAUCGCGAACUACCUCUCCGCGCACGGCUGGCGCGCGGGAGAGCCCCCCGCACUCCCCGCAAUUGUCCCCCCCGACCUGCUCGCCCCGGCGACCGGAGGCGAAGCGGGCGGCGAGGCGGACGCGGACGAGACGGGCGAGGCCGCACGCGCGACGGUGUGUCGUUCGGGCGACGUGCGGCCCUUCCACGAGUGGGUCUCUCUUGGGGUAGUUCCUAUCUUGUACAACAGCGGUGGACACGCGGUGGGGAUGCCGCCGGCGUCUGCGCCGCUGCGGCUGCUUCUGCGGGGCGAGGGCGACACGGCGCUGCUGGUCGGGCACAACAUGUCGGUCAUUCAGGCGUACAACCACUCGGAGUCUUACGCUGCGGCAAUCUCUUGCUUGGCGUACGAGCUCGCGGGGGGGCUGGAGGCGGGCGCGCUGGGCGGGGACGGCGCGGACGGCGGCAGCGGGUCGGACUGA